AGAUUAUGACUCUUUAUUAUUGAUCCGUUCCUCCAGGUGAACAUGGUGAACGCUCCGAUUGAAGAGCAGCAGCGUGCCGCAGAAAGUAGUCCCACUGAAGAGACUUCAGAGGAGGUAGAGGGUCUAUCAGUGGAGGUAGAGGGUCUAUCAGAGGAGGUAGAGGGUCUAUCAGUGGAGGUAGAGGGUCUAUCAGUGGAGGUAGAGGGUCUAUCAGUGGAGGUAGAAGAGGGUCCGAACCGCUGUCAGAACAAAGCAAUCGCAUUCAUCAUGGGACAACCCUGCAGCGACGACAGCUCCGAGGGGGGGUCCAGCUCUGAGGAAGAUGAUGACGAUGACGGCUUCAACAGCGAAGACUCGUCCGAUCUCUCCGACUCCACGGACGACUCAGACUCAGACUCUGAGCGUCUGUGGAGAUACCUGGGUCGCAGCGCUGACCCGUACGACCCCCGAAACUUCACGGCUCCGCUGCACACGGCCACCUCUCCUCCCAGAAACAUCCCUCCUUCCUCCAGUGACUCCUCCCCCGACCCCUCCCCCUCUCUCCUCCCUUUCCCUCUCUCCCCCCUGGCUGUCUCCUCCCCCCCAUCGGGCAGUGACUCCUGGGAUGAUUCCACCUCAGCGAGUGAGGCAGACGAAGCAGAAAGUCUCCGUCUGUGGAGCUCCUUCAGCUGCUCGGACCCUUACAGCCCCUUCAACUUCCAGGGACCCAUGAGGACUCAGGAGCCCAGGACCAGAACCAGGACCAGGACCAGAACCAGGAAGGCUGUCUCCUCCUCCCCCCCCCCCAACCCGGCUGCUCCUCCCCAGUACAGGAGGGAGGAGGCAGAGGAGCGUCUGGACAGCGGCUUCUCUGAACUCUCCGUUCCCUCCUCCGCCUGCAGCGUCACUAAGAAGGUGCGUUUCUGUGAGGAAGUGGAGGAGUUCUUUGCGAGCGGGGGGGAGGAGACGGAGGACAGACGGGGUCCCUGGGAGCAGUUCGCCCGGGAUCGAUCUCGCUUCCUGCGCCGUGUGCAGGACGUUCAGCUCAGCAUCGACUACUGUCUGCAGCCAACACACCGUCAGCUGGUGUCCCUACGCCUGGGGACAACUGAGGGCAACUGAGGGACAGCAGGACGUCCUGAAGGUCAUACGUGACGCUCUGAAGGUCAUAGGGACGUUUGAAGGACAUUGAGACUUCCUGAAGGUCAUUUGGACAUCCUGAUGGUCAACGAGACAUUUCUAGGAUAUUGAGGUCCACCAGACUCUGUCCUCUCUGUCCUGGUUAUGUUCAUCGGGACGUUCUCAAGUUCAUCCGGACGUCCUAAAGGUCAUUGGGACUUCCUGAGGGACAUUGAGACGCUCUGAUGGUCAUCGAGGUAUUAAUAGGGCAUUGAGACGUUCUGAGGCUCACCGGGUCGUUUUCCAGGCCAGCAGAACCUCCUAAAGGUCAUCGGGACUUCCUGAAGGACAUUGAGACGCCUGAAAGACGGGAUCUUGAGGUCCAUCAGACUCUGUCCUCUCUGUCCUGGACUCCUGAGGGCCAGGAGACCCUCUGUCCACUCUGUCCUCUCUCCUGGACUCCUGAGGGCCAGGAGACCCUCUGUCCACUCUCUCCUGGACUCCUGAGGGCCAGGAGACCCUCUGUCCACUCUGUCCUCUCUCCUGGACUCCUGAGGGCCAGCUGGUGUUUGUUGUGAGGACACGAGAAGCUGCUCUUGAGAGCGAGACACUCGGAGACUUCCUGCUCUUCUGCUUCAGUGCCGCUGCCGCUGCGUCUCAAAUCAACUCUAGAGAAGAUUAUUAUCUCCAUUUAUCUUUCAAAUAAUUUCACAUUUAAUCAUUCAUACAUUUUAGAAAAUCUGGAUGUUUCCUUUCUUUAAAUAUUCUGGUUUACACUUUAAAUCAGUUUCAAAUGUGGAUCCUCUGAGGCCAGACCCUCUGAGGCCAGACCCUCUGAGGAUGAUUAAAUCAAACAGAGGGGUUAGGGUUCUUCAUCCUGCUGCUUAUGCUCUUCUCUCUAAUGCCAAAGAGUGUGUGUGUGUGUGUGUGUGUGUGUGUGUGUGUGUGUGUGUGUGUGUGUGUGUGUGUGUGUGUGUGUGUGUCAAACAGCAGAUUUAUUCAGACCUUAAUACAUUAAUUUGAAUCUGAUAUUUAAUUAUUUUAAACACUGAUUUUACAUUUGUAUGUGUUCAUAGGAGAUCAAGGAUAUCACACUUUGAGUCUCAAGGGAAUAUAUAAUGCUAUUUUUUAUUUUAAAAACAGUCGCUCUGAGUUCCUCCAGAAAACAAAUGAAAGCAGCACAUUUUCACCUUAAAGAUUUUUUUCUGUGGCAUUUUUACACGAUAAAUGACGAGUGAGUGGUGUUUGUAAAACUGAAUAAGAUCCUGAACAGGAGGAACGAUUCUUCAUUUAGUUUUUCAUAUCAAUGAUUAAAAUCAGCAGCUCUAGGAAAAGAAAGCGUCCUCAUGCAGGAUACAAUUAUCAAUAUGUCAAUUUAUUCGUAAAGACCUGAAACCUGCAGAGCUGCACCGAGUUCAAAGCUUUGGCGUUUAAAGUUGCAAAUACUAAACGGUCACAUGACUCAGUCUGAUAUGAUGCAGCGAUGUUACCCCUGGUUAUUGGUCAACUGACCCUGGUUAAACAAAUAGUUGCAGACAAAAAAAGAAGUUGACCAAAAAAAGUUGACUAGAAAAAAAUUGCGGUGUCUUUUUUUGUGGGGGAUAAGAAAGAAACUGUCUCUGUCUCAGAGUGAGUCGUGUUAGUGUUCGUCAGUGUAUCUGAAAUCACUAGGUAAGCUACGUUAGCUAGCUAGCGUAACUACAGUAACAUCAGGAGGAGUCAUGUGAUCACUUUGUUUAAAUAACACCAUGAAGCAUUUUAGUUUCCAACAACAGUCGUAUUGCGUUUGCACCUGUCGUAGUUGUAGAUCUUAAGUUCUAUCUAUUUAUAAGUGAUAUCGUGGUGUUCCCCAGGGAUCCACCUGAGGGCCACUGCUACUCCGAUAUCUGAACGUCAUCAUUAAUCUGCAGCUGAUCAAAAUGUGUCCCUGUUUAAAAAUGAUGGAUUUUAUUAUUUAAAACAUUGAAAACAUGUUUGAAAUCUGUUAGUUUUUCACUUAUAUUCAUAACAAAUAUAUAUAUUUCAUUAUAAAAUAAAACAUUGAAUCACCAAAUCUUUAUUUACAAACCCUUGACAGACACUCAAACACUCGGUACAGCUCUUUGAAUCAUUAUUUACAGGGCCUUGUGAAGAAUUGAAGAUAAAGAGAGUGAAUAAAGUAAAGCUGUCAGAAUAAAUAAUCCACAUUUUCAUCAGACUCCAGGUAAAAAAAAAAGAAGCUUUUUAUUUUUCUAAUGUUUAAAAAGUUCUGCUUCAUCGUUUUCCUCACAAUGAAUAUUAAAUAUGAAAUCGAUAUUUAACGAU